ACCCGGCCAAAAUUUCUAUCUCGAACCUUCAACAGUGGAAUUUCGCGAUCCUCCCCACCACCAACGUUCGACCUUCUAACAACACCAAACUCCCAGCCAGAACGCCAGAACAAUCAAGAUGUCUGACAACGGCGAGGUCGAGGUCGAAUCCACCAACUACCAGGUCCUUCCCAAGGACGUCGUCUCCGAGAUUGGCAGCAUCAAGCUGUUCAACCGAUGGAGCUACGAGGAUGUUGAGAUCCGCGACAUCUCUUUGACCGAUUACAUCCAGAUCCGAUCCCCCGUCUACAUUCCUCACUCCGCUGGUCGUUAUGCCGCCAAGCGAUUCCGCAAGGCCAACUGCCCUAUCAUCGAGCGAUUGACUAACUCGCUCAUGAUGCACGGCCGCAACAACGGCAAGAAGCUCAAGGCUGUCCGAAUCGUUGCCCACUCUUUCGAGAUCAUUCACCUCAUGACCGACCAGAACCCCAUCCAGAUCGCUGUUGACGCCAUUGUCAACUGCGGCCCCCGAGAAGACAGCACCCGUAUCGGUUCCGCUGGUACCGUCCGACGACAGGCUGUCGAUGUGUCCCCUCUCCGACGAGUCAACCAGGCUAUUGCCCUGCUCACCACCGGUGCCCGAGAGGCCUCUUUCCGCAACGUCAAGUCGAUUGCCGAGUGCCUGGCUGAAGAGCUGAUCAACGCUGCCAAGGGAAGCAGCAACUCGUACGCCAUCAAGAAGAAGGAUGAGCUGGAGCGUGUCGCCAAGAGCAACCGAUAAAAGGGGUGCAGUUUCUGGGUUUUCUUCGGCGUGGACGAUCUGGGCAUUUUACACUCUGCAUUUGUGCGUUUCUGGCUCAGGCGGGAUGCGGUUCUAUGGCAUACUAGUCACAUAGGCCUCUUCAAUAAAGGCUCUGCCCGUGUGGGCAAAUCAUGAACUGAAAUCAAGUAAUUCCCGAAACGAUACUGGUGU